AUGGCAGCACCGUCGUUCAAUCGCCUCGUUCGUUUUGUUCCACGGUCCAACGCGGAAACGGUGUUAAUUGGACAGCCCGUCUUAGAUGACAUUGACGUCGGGCUUGCUCUUUACAAUGGUGAAAACGUCGAGGUCGAGGUAUUUUCGGGGGCUUCGGCCUUGAACCCUGGCAAGGGAACUGGAACUUUGGAGAUAAUUGGCCGAAUUUUGUCACCUUUGGCUGCCAAUGAAGUUGGGACAAUUCGCUGUAUUGGCCUGAACUACAAGCAACAUGCUCAAGAAGUAGGCUUGGAGCCGCCUACCGUACCAACCGUCUUCUUAAAACCGAGCACUUCCCUAGGGGACCCUUGGCCUGUACCUACAAUCCUCCCCAAGCUAAGCCAGCUAGAUGACUGUGGAGACUAUGAGGCCGAGCUCGCCGUCGUCAUUGGCAAGACUGCCAAAAAUGUGUCUGAGCUAGAGGCUAUGAGCUAUGUGCUGGGUUACACUGCUAGCAACGACAUCUCGAGCAGAACUAGCCAAUUUGCCCAGUCGCAGUGGUGUUACUCAAAGGGCUUCGAUGGGGCUUGCCCAAUAGGGCCAACACUGGUUUCAACUGCAGUUGUGCCCGAUCCUUCCGAGUUUCGAGUGCGUGGUCUUAAGAAUGGCUAUGUCAUGCAAGACUGUGGAGUAGACGACCUGAUCUUCAGUGUUCCGAGACUUGUGAGCUUUCUAUCUCAGAGCACUACCUUACCUCCAGGAACCGUAAUCAUCACUGGGACCCCUGCAGGAGUUGGGGUGGGAAAGUCGCCCAAGGUUAGUCUCCGUCACGGAGACCUGUUCAAGGUUGAGAUAACGCCACACAUCGGUACACUCAUCAAUAAAAUCCAGAAUGAAUGA